UCAAACUUUUAAUUCUAUACUCUUUAAUUAGUUUUAAGUAAAAUGUUUAAGCAACGACAAGUAUUUUUAACAUUAAUAGCUGUAGCGGCUGUUAAUGCUGCCAGCUUUAGUUUACAGUACAAAGGCAAUAUGAGACAUCCAGAUCUUCCCAAUCAUUGUUAUUUCACCGAACAUGAUCUUACAAUUCCCUUCAAUAAGACCCUUUAUCCUACAAAUCUUAAGAAUACCUGUAUUAAAGUGUUUUGUCGUGAGGAUUAUGUUUUGGAAAUUAGACAUUGUGAAAAUCUGGCCCCUAAUCGUAUCUGUCAUCAUACUGCUUACGAUUAUACCCAACCUUACCCUGACUGUUGUCCCAUAGUUACAUGUGAGGAUAGAGUUUUACGCAAUCCAAAUUAUUAAAAUUUAAAUAAAAGAAAUAUUUAAUAUCGAA